AUGGCAGGAGUCAACGGCGGUAAGCGCACACUUCCGUCUUCAUUCCUUCCUUCUCAGUCCCCGGAAGGAAGAUCUGGAAGUAGACGGCGUCUUACACCACCCAACACGCAGAGUGAAGGGUCGACCAUCAACUGGUCUUCAAGCCCCCCACGGUCGCUGCUAAAACGAGCAAAUGAGAAAUACCAGGAGUCCACCUCAACUCUGAGGGACUGUGAGGAUGAUGGCCGGGAUACCCCGAGGCUGUUCCAGUCAGAACCCAUCCGCACCGAACUCACCACAACAAUGGAGUCUUUUCCAUUUGAGCAAGACCAGAGUGUUUACACAUCUCAACACCCUCUCGUUCAUCGUGUACGCAGCCUUCUUCGCUCACGGGCUGUAGGAUGUGCGCUUUGUGCUUUCUAUGAAUGGGGUCCAAUUGUCAAUACACAUAAGCUCAAACGCUGUUCACAUCGCGAUGAAGCCAGCGAAGCGCGCCCUUGGCUCGAGAUGUUUCGAAGGUACCAAGCAUGUGGCGGCGGACCAGGAGCUCGAUGCGCCCACUGUCGAUUCCCGGUUAUGCUAUGUUCGCGGACCGUAUACCGCGAGAAAAUGGAUCUAAAGUAUGGCAGCGAAGCGGGAGGCCCUUGA